AUGACGGGGACGACGACAACGGGCGGCAGGGGCGGCGAGGGCGGCGGGGACGGCGACGAUGUGCUUCGGGGUUGGCGAUCGAGGGCGGCGGGGGCGAAGGCGCGGCGGCGCGGCGGCGGCGGCGAUAGAUCAAUGUUGCGCGAGGAGUGGAGAAGUGGUCGAGAUGGAACUGUUUUUUCGAUGGCGGAUGGUGAUGGACCUUGGUAUGACGGAUUAAUCGAUGAGUGGGAUAAGGAGCAUCGUGCUCGUGCCAUUGAGAAUGGACAGGUUGUAGUUGCUAUGCGCAUGAGGGGUCAUUCCGCUGAUGACUUUGAUUACGACCCACGGUAUGAGCCUUACAUUCGGAGAUUGGGUCUUCUCCCAUUCGUGUUGCAGUUUAAGCGACGCGCUCCGCCGGUGAACCACGCGGCGCUGACCGCACUUGUGGAUCGUUGGAGGCCGGAGACUCACUCCUUCCACCUUCCAUGUGGGGAGAUGACGAUGACCCUACAGGACAUGGCUAUGAUAAGCGGCCUUCCUAUCAAUGGACAAGCUGUUACCGGUCGUGUCAGCGUGGGUAAUUGGCGAGAACGGACUGCCGAUUUAAUUGGCGUUCAGCCCGAGGGCCCUCAGGAAGGCAAGGCCGAUACCGCGAAAGUGAGGCAUUCUUGGCUAAAACUGGUCAGAGGAAACACCAACCCGUGCCCUCAAGAUGCCAAUGACGUGGUUGUGCAGCAGUACGCGCGGGCCUAUCUUUGGUAUGUACUAACCAAGGUAGUCUUCUCAGAUGCAACUGGGAACUCAGCCCUCUGGAUGUUCUUGGAGCCACUUAAUAACUGGGAUACCCAGUAUAGCUGGGGUUCGGCCGCACUAGCAUACUUGUAUCGUCAGCUUGACUUGGCGUGUCGGAGGAAGGGAGGUACAUCCUCAUUGUCUGGGUUUGUUUGGAGCCUAUCCGUGUGGAUGUGGGAGCGGAUCCCGGUUGGACGGCCCGAUUUGAAGAACCCCCUCAUGGCAAACCCACGGGGUAAUCAUGACGGGUUGCAUGAUGAUGAUCCAUAUCGGCGCCCUACGCUUGCUUACUAUUGGGAACAAGUGAUUGUCUACACAGGAAGCUCGCAUGUGCGAUACAAGUGCUAUAUGAACGAGCUGGACACCUUGACUGCUGAGCAGGUACAUUGGUUGCCUUAUGUGGAAGAUCGUGACUUUGAUCUUAAUGAGAUGUGCACGCGUGAUAGCCAUCUUUGGCGGGCGAGGUUCGAUCGAAGGAACAAUCAGGAUAUAUCGGAUUGUGCAAACAAACACCGUGCGUGGAUAGAAAUUUGGAAUCAAAGAGACACGUUAGUGCAAUCAGAGAAUAGACCUUACAAUCAGUCAGCAUAUCAGAAGUAUCAAGUGUGGUAUGCGGAUCGUUACCGGUUAAAGCUGAAGCCAGGUUGGACUCACGAAGAGUGGUCGGAGUUGGUGUCUGAAGACCCGGAGACUGCAGAAGGUUAUCAUACCUUCAACACGGCUGUGAGAGACACCAGAGGGGCUCAUGUUGACUACGCACCGAUGCAUGACGAAAUGGGCAGAGAGUUGCUUCUGUGCGUCAACGAUGCCAAUGUUGCACUGAGUCAUCCACCUGGUGGUGCAUUAUCUGAGAGGACUCUUAGGAGCACGAUGGAGAAGUUCAAGAAGCGGUUCCAUAAGAUGGCAGCUAUGCUUUCUUGCCAUGGUGCUCAGUCCAGUGACGUGUAUGCACCAGGUAGCCGCGCCGCCAGAGCUAAUAAACGGCGUUAUGUCCAGAACGAAGAGGACAUAGAGGAGGAGGUCAAUGAAGAGGAGCCAGCACAUCAAGAGGAGCCAACACAUCAUGAUGAGCAUGAGUAUGAUGCAACACAUCAAGAGGAUCAUGAGUAUGAUGUUGAUGCUCCACAACCAUCACAGGUUACACAACCGACACAAGGCAAUGCCCGCUCUAAAAAAGGCAAAGCAAUAGCUAAGACACCGGGCCAGAAAGGUAGAAAGAAGAUAUGGAACACUCAAUUCCAUAGUCCGGAGUAUCCUCAUCAAUUUAUGCCUGCGGGAAUGCAAAGAUAUAAGUCGAACAUUGAUGCAGAGGCGGAGGAGGCUAGCGAAGAGGAGGAGCAUGAGGCUAGCGAAGAGGAGGAGCAUGAGGCUAGCGAAGAGGAGGAGCAUACACUUGCAGAUAUCGUGAAGAGAGGAAGGAAGAAAUGA